CGUCACGUGACGACUAGCCCCGCCUCUUCCUCUCGGUCCCAUAUUGAACUCGAGUUGGAAGAGGCGAGUCCGGUCUCAAAAUGGAGGUAAAACCGCCGCCCGGUCGCCCCCAGCCCGACUCCGGCCGUCGCCGCCGUCGCCGGGGGGAGGAGGGCCAUGAUCCAAAGGAACCAGAGCAGCUGCGGAAGCUGUUUAUUGGUGGUCUGAGCUUUGAAACUACAGAUGAUAGUUUAAGAGAACAUUUUGAGAAAUGGGGCACACUCACAGAUUGUGUGGUAAUGAGAGAUCCUCAGACAAAACGUUCCAGGGGCUUUGGUUUUGUGACUUACUCUUGUGUUGAAGAGGUGGAUGCAGCCAUGUGUGCUAGACCCCACAAGGUUGAUGGACGUGUUGUAGAACCAAAGAGAGCAGUUUCUAGAGAGGAUUCUGUGAAGCCAGGAGCCCAUCUAACAGUGAAGAAAAUUUUUGUUGGUGGUAUUAAAGAAGAUACAGAAGAAUAUAAUUUGAGAGACUACUUUGAAAAAUACGGCAAGAUUGAAACCAUAGAAGUUAUGGAAGACAGGCAGAGUGGAAAAAAGAGAGGAUUUGCUUUUGUAACUUUUGAUGAUCAUGAUACAGUUGAUAAAAUUGUUGUUCAGAAAUACCACACUAUUAAUGGGCAUAAUUGUGAAGUGAAAAAGGCCCUUUCUAAACAAGAGAUGCAGUCUGCUGGAUCACAAAGAGGUCGUGGAGGUGGAUCUGGCAACUUUAUGGGUCGUGGAGGAAACUUUGGAGGUGGUGGAGGUAAUUUUGGACGUGGUGGAAACUUUGGUGGAAGAGGAGGCUAUGGUGGUGGAGGUGGUGGCAGCAGAGGUAGCUAUGGAGGAGGUGAUGGUGGAUACAAUGGAUUUGGAGGUGAUGGUGGCAACUAUGGCGGUGGUCCUGGUUAUAGUAGUAGAGGAGGUUAUGGUGGUGGUGGACCAGGUUAUGGAAACCAAGGUGGUGGAUAUGGUGGUGGAGGAGGAGGUUAUGAUGGUUACAAUGAAGGAGGAAAUUUUGGUGGCGGUAACUACGGUGGUGGUGGAAACUAUAAUGAUUUUGGAAAUUACAGUGGACAACAGCAGUCAAAUUAUGGACCCAUGAAGGGGGGCAGUUUUGGUGGAAGAAGCUCUGGCAGUCCAUAUGGUGGUGGUUAUGGAUCUGGUGGUGGAAGUGGUGGAUAUGGUAGCAGAAGGUUUUAAAAACGACAGAAAAAGGGCUACAGUUCUUAGCAGGAGAGAGAGCGAGGAGUUGUCAGGAAAGCUGCAGGUUACUUUGAGACAGUCGUCCCAAAUGCAUUAGAGGAACUGUAAAAAUCUGCCACAGAAGGAACGAUGAUCCAUAGUCAGAAAAGUUACUGCAGCUUAAACAGGAAACCCUUCUUGUUCAGGACUGUCAUAGCCACAGUUUGCAAAAAGUGCAGCUAUUGAUUAAUGCAAUGUAGUGUCAAUUAGAUGUACAUUCCUGAGGUCUUUUAUCUGUUGUAGCUUUGUCUUUUUCUUUUUCUUUUCAUUACAUCAGGUAUAUUGCCCUGUAAAUUGUGGUAGUGGUACCAGGAAUAAAAAAUUAAGGAAUUUUUAACUUUUCAAUAUUUGUGUAGUUCAGUUUUUCUACAUUUUAGUACAGAAACUUUAACAAAAUGCAGUUUUGAAGGUGUUUCCUUGUGAGUUAACAAGUAAAGAUCAUUGUUAAUUACUAUUUUGUAUGAAUUUUGCUAAAGUUAACUGUAAAGAAACACCUUACUGACUCGCAAUUUAAGGGGAAUCUAUUCUCCUCAUUUCCAAACCAUGAUAUGAAUGGGCGCUGACAUGUGGAGAGAAUAGAUACUUGUAUGUAUGCAUUGUGUGUUUUAGAUACAUAGGAUUGGGUAUUUAAAUUAGCAUAUUUGUGAAUUUAAUAGCAUUAAGAUUACCUUCAAAUGAAAAAAAAUUCUCAAAAUCCCUAUUUGGUUUUUGUGCAUUUUCUUUCAAUGUAAUCAUGAUUUUAGUGUGUUUAAGAUUUGCUGAAUCCUAGCUGUAUUUAGAACCAUCUCCAUUCUACAUUUACCCUGAUUACAUUUGAGACUGACUGCUACCAUAGUUUUGGAGUGUAAAGCAUGUCUGCUGCCCUCUGUUUAAAUUUGUAAAGGGUAGUGGAUGUUUUCCUCGUCCUUUUAGAAACUAUUCUUAAUUUUCGAUACAGGACCACUAAGUGUGCAAUGUCUGAGCAUAUUAGUGGAUACCUGAUUUUAUUGUUUUUCCUUUGAAACCCCUGAGACCUAUACGUUUUUAUUACUUUCCUUGGUUUAAUUUCUCCAUGCAAGUUUUCAGAGCAAGAGAAUAAAAAGACACUUCAUUGUCAAAUUCUUAACUGGCUGGCAUGCUUUCCUGUUUGUACCUUACACAUUUUUGCUGAGUGAAUCCAAGGAUAGAGAUAUAAUUGUCCAAAAUAACAAUGCAGCAGAUAUGUAGCACAGUUGCUUAGAAUAAGCUGCUCACUUCCCAAAGACAUGGAAUGAAAUUUGGAUAGUUGUUGAGUUCUUAGUUAAAUUCCUACAGAACACACUUACUCAUUAUGUAUAUUUCAACCUAAAUCAUGUUGGUAUGAGUUAGCAAUUUGUUUGGAAGUCCCUGGUUGAGAAGACUUCAAUAUGGUCAUACACUAUAUAAACAAAUGUCUACUGUUUGCGCCAGCUAGUGCUUACAAUUUCACUCAAACCCUUAGUAUGUGCCCUGCUGUUACUCUUUCUUUGGCAGUGAACAUUGAAUUCAAGAUUUUUACGUGGUUUUUAAAGUACUAAGCAAAACAAGCAAUAAAAAGGGGGAUGGGGUGUGCUAGUGUUUGAAUAUGCUCUCUUGUUGCUCUAAUUCUGUGCAUUAUUAAUAUUUGGAUGCAUGCAAUGCCAGCAUGGAAAUUGGUCUUCACAGAUACUGAAGUUUUCCAGAAAACACUCAAACCAAUAAAUGUAUCAAGACAACAUUCCAUUUGUUAAUGGGCAUAUGUGAAUAAGCAGUGUAGAACAUAGGCUUAUAUUAGAAAAUGGUUAAGUCUUUAUUAACAUCAAGUGUGGUUAUAUAAAUGGACACUGUCAAUGUUCAUAACGUGGGUACUUGGUCAAGAUAAUGCUUGGGAAACAUUAAAAUUGAGCUAAAUUGUCUCAAGUUCUUUUAUUCAUAUAAUAAAGGUUGAAAGAAUGGGGAAGAUUUAACAUUUCCUGUUUUUAUGUUUGUGAAAUUGUUUGAUACAACCUUGACAGUAUCCUUUAAUGGCAUAUAGGGUUAAUUGUACUGUUAACCAACUUUCAUGUUCUGGAACUAGCUCAAUAGUUAAAAUCUCAGUAAGUGGAUGUUUACAACCUAUAAGCAGGUGGGUUCUGUUUGUGACCUGUUUAUAAGUUGUAUUAGGUUAGCUUUGAUGAACAGUGUGGAAAAGUAAGCCAUGAGGAGGGUGAUUUAACCAGCUUUAAAGGACCUAAGUUAUGCUUUUUAAAGCACAGUGGUGGAUCAAAGGAAACUCACUAAGACAGGACUUCAGCAGCCUUUUGAUUAUGGACAAGUCAGCAUAAAUAAAGAAUGAGAAGGCAGCAGCAAGAGCUUCAACCACAGAGGAGUGAAAGCAUAAGAUACUAUGAUGAUAGUGAGCAGCUAGUUAAAUCUGCUUAUUACAACUGAAAUAUCGAAGAAAGUCUAGCAGGAAGGAGUUCUUCGCCUUUUGGAACAUCAAUGAGAGAUAGUUGCCACAGACACUAGGUCUAGCAUUUAGACCUGCGAGGAAGGGCAAUAAGCAUUAGGUAAGGCUUGAAUUUGAAUUUUUUCACUAAUUAAAGAGUGAUUUUUUUGUAAAGCAAGGUAAGAGUAAUCUUUUUGAUUUGCAGGUUGAAUGUGAACCCUACUUGCCUAAAUGAGGAAUGUCUUUCCUACCAUCUUAAAUACGAAGGUUUCUGGCUGGGUAAGGUUUGUAGUUCACAGUAAAACCUAUGACACGAUUUAUUUCCCCACAAAUAGAUUACAUAUUUAAUUUCAUCCCCUCUAGUAGGGACUUUGGCAAGAUUCUCAAGCUGAAUUUUUGGUACCACAUUCAAACUUUAAAGCCUCGCAUUUUUUAAUUCCCCUGCAAUGUCAACCAAUGUUCAUUGAGUCAGGCAUGACAUUUUUUUUCAUGUAUAUAGAGCUCAUAAGUGUCUUUAGGAUAAAGGAAAGAAAGUAACCACAAGCAUUACGAAAACCUUUGUUGUAAUAAGCAUAACUUCUGACGAUUAAGCUGCCAAUCCUCAUGUUUAGGGAAAACACUUUAGUGAACUUCCACAAUUAACUGAUGAAACAAAGAUUUGUGUUCCAAAUGUCCUCAUAAGUUACCUUGCAAGGGUUUUUUGUACCAGUAGGUUAAAUUUUGUUUUUAACAGGUUCUAAUAUUUGUUUUUAAAAGACAUCUCAAAAAGACACCUUUCCCCCAUAUUUUGGUUGCUAUUUAAAUCAAUUGCUGGUUGUCAUAAGGGCUAUUUUUUCUGCCCUAAAAGGGCAUGUUAAAAAUGGAAAAUAAAAGGUUUAAUUUGUUUUAGCACUUUCCAGGGGGCAGUUAUUCCAAAUGUGCUAGUUUCUAAGUUGUAAGUCAACGUCCUAUGUGAACAGCAAUAGUUAACCAGAAUAUAGUUGCAGAGAAAGGUUGGGUCUAGAUCACCUCACAGAGUUAAGGUAAUAGCAUUUCUAUGUGGUUUGGUACAAAGAAAUUGGGAAACUUUAUUUUCAAGGUAUUUUCUGUUUCAUCCGAAAUAAAGUGAUUUUAUUUAAAAGCAGUUCCAUUGUCAUUUCUGAAAAGUCACACUUGUGCCAAUAAAGGAUGUUCUUGGAAAUGGUUAGGGGAAACUUGGUCAUUUUGUUAAACCUAUAGGGUAUUGCUUCCGGUACUGCAUUUACAUAAUUUUCAUGUCAAAAACUAUGGUAAAAGUCCAUUUGUUAGAGGACUGAAUAGAAAUAAGCUAGACUUCAAGGUUUUCAGUAUGUCUCUAUGAAAUACUUGUCAACUAUCAGGUUGGUGUCACAAAGUAGUGCAUAAGCAUGCUAGUGUGCAGAAGUGAUAAGGUUUGUUAGCCUGUCCACAAUUCUAAAGCUCCAUUGUUUUCUGACUUAUAAGAGGUGGUCUAUAAUGGAUUUAAAUGUUUCAUUUGUAGUAUAACGAAAUGUUUACAGAAAGAUAACUUUUUCAUUAAAAUAUUUUUUAGAAA